AUGGCAGUUAGGUAUUCACUACUCCAAGAAUCCGCAAUAGCAUCAUCGAUCUCCGGUCGACCAAAGCGGGCUGGGGAAGACUUUACCCCCACAAACCAUAACACUGAUUCUGAUGAGAACGGGCCGACAUCUUCGAAAAGAGUUCGGUUUGACCCUCGAAAUCCGUCCGCAUUAGCCCCAGACGCCUUAGAGGAGGACGCGAUCCUGGAUGCCGACGAAAUUGGUCAUCGAAGACGCCGAGUGCGGCGUAACGCAGUCAACAUUGAGGGCUAUGAUUCUGACAGUGACAAUGGGGGGUUUGAUGCUCGCAUAGAGGCUAAAUCUAGAGCUAAUAUGAACAAUGCCUCUGGAGAUAUAGAUGAUAUGUUCGCAGAGUUAGAAGAGGACUUUGCUACUGGUAGAUCAGACGGCGUUACAACCCCAAGCAACAAGAAGCAAGUCCGUUUCCUACAGGAUGAUGAGAUUGAGGGACAGGUACAUGAUUCUCGCGCCGGCGGAACUGUUACUCUUGAUCUUGAUAGUCACAGAAAAAUGAUUCAAGUGGCACUAGGUGAGGAAGGAGACAGUGAAAGCGAAGUCGACGAACAAGAACGCGCCAGGAUCGGGUCAGACGUGGACGAAGAGCUGGGGGCUGGCGGGAAAAAAACACACGUGCCACUAUUAGAUGCUUUCAAUAUGCGAGCGGAGCAGGAGGAGGGGCGUUUUGACGAGGCCGGAAACUUUGUUCGCAAAGCUACUGAUCCAGAUGCUAUUCACGAUACUUGGCUGGAAGGUGUGUCGAGAAAAGACAUGCGGAAGGCUAGGGAGGCGGCAGAGAAGAGGGAAGAGGAACGGCGAAAGAUACAACUUGAACAGGAUAGUAUCCUCACAGCGGAUAUCUUGCACACGUUGAUCAGAAAUUUGGAGCGGGGUGAGACAAUCUUAGAGUCACUCGCAAGGCUGGGAAAAUGUGUCAGACAGAAGCCUAAGUGGCAGAACAGACAUAGAAACCGACAGAGGGGUAGCAAGAACGGCACGGAAGAUGAAGCAAUGGGCGAAGAUGAUCCAGCUGAAAUAGCCCGCAAGCGUGUUAUCGAGGAUGUCACUGAGGCUGCGGAUAUCCUGCUCAGCCGUGGCCAGUCCGAGAUAUAUGACACCGAGCGAGAGCUAUUGAUGAGGCAAUACAAGCGAGAAACAGGGGAAGACUGGGUGGACUCCUCGCGAGCGAAAGAUGCUUCAUCGAAAAUAGAGACAGAUGCGGCUCCGCUGUGGGAAUAUCGCUGGUCCGAUUUGCGCGAUGGAGGAGAGGCUCAUGGUCCUUAUGAUGGUGCUAUGAUGGAGUCUUGGCAUGUCGCUGGCUAUUUUGGUGAAGGCGUUGAAUUUCGGAAAGUCGGUACGACUGGAGAGUGGAGCUCCAGAUGGUAUAUCCGGUUUGAAAGUGGGUUCCUAUACUCUUCAAAAAGGUCUCUGACUCGUGGACAAUAA